AUGGUUCCGCAUGGCAGCCAGCAGAAGAUGCAUCUCACUCGUGCAGUACUCACCAUCGCCCUCGCGGCUACCACGACUACGGCAUUGCCCAGAUGCAAGCCGGGCAAUAUAGCGGAUGAGGCAUGCCAAGCCAUCCAAUCACGUGGACAUGACAAGCUUGACAUCUCCGACGUUGAGGGCCAAGAUCGUCAAGAGACGUCGUUCCAUGAGAAACUGGACAAUGCCAACACAGGCAGCCAAGGCAGAAAGUUGACCCAGGGCCAUUCUGGUUCCGGCAUGAUGUCCCAGCGCCGUUCCGUCGAGCAGGAGUCUAGCCUGACUCUUAUGGACGUGGGCAAGACUCGAGUGGCACAGAAGGGCGACAAUGGGAAACUUGAGGCUGAUGCGCUAUUCCUGGAUCCGGAGAUUUCCAAAGGAAGCGAGCACCUGUCGGACACGGACCAUAAUAUCCACGACAUGGAUGGAGACUGGAACUCGAAGCUACAGUCGCGUGAAGACGGAAAGCACACAAGCAUCGCCGCCAAGGAAACUCUCAUUGACGACGCUGACUCCCAAGGGUCUGGCCACAGCCAAAACACCAACAUGAAGAUUGGGUUCAAGGUCAAAGUCCGAGACUUCGUCAAAGGGCUUGGUCAGGAUCACUCUGAUAACAGCGUUGGUCAGUCUCAACCCUCUGACCGGGAGGACCGAGUCCACGAGAGUGACUUCGGGGCUACGAUGGACACCACUCCUGUCUCGCACGGAGAGGGUAUGAAGGCGGAAGACUUUCCGAACCACCUAUCGCUCAAGGAGAGUAUCUCUAUGCCUUCCCAGCAAAACGACAAGACCCUGAUGCAUGAUCUUCAAGGAAGCAAUGUGCAGGAAUGUGACUGCAGCUCGCCCAGCCAGAGACGCAGCUCUAUCAGCGAAGACCCAGUGUCAGAUAUGCAACAUAACACACUGUGGCCCGUGUCAAUCUCAAAGCACGACGAAAUUACUCGCCCAAUUUCACGGCGCCAAUUCCAAUCCAAGCCCCAACCUCAUGUCCAAGAGGCUGCUGGUCAUAUCGGCAAUUUCAUGUCUGGCCAGAAAGCUGAUUUCACCUGGGAAGGCAAUGGCCAAACGAUGAGCAAAACUGGAAACAAGGGUGAGAUGAAGGAAUCUGACAAGGUUGACAGCUGGUCAGAGAAUUUGAACCGGAAAACCGAGAGCGGCACCAGCAAUGGCAACAACAACGACAAGAAGAUCAUCAACAACUGGCGCCAAAUAACACAGCGUGACGGCGGAGACAUGGAGUUUAAUGCCAUGAAGCAAGCGCAAAUGAUGAUGCCAGGUGUCGACUCAUCCAUGACUGAGAAGAGCGUCCUCCAAACUCGAGCUCAAAGAGACGAUGAGGAUAUCGAACAUGGCGCGAAAGGUACAAGCCGGACGAUGAGUGGUGCACAGAGGGGGGACAAUCUCGAUCAGGAUCACCAAAAACAGUACGCGUGUGUUGGAUCGUGCGAGGCCGGCAGCGUGUAUGGCGAUAAGCCAUGGGAGAAAAUUGGCGAGUCAGCCGAUCUUGAUCAAGGUAACCAAGACGAAGACCACACUCGUAAGAAUGCCGGUGUGAAGACAAAUUAG